CCCGCACCGACUGGUCUCGUUGUCAACUUUGAGCUCAAUCUUUAAUUAUUUGGCCUACCAGUUUUACAUCUGAACCGGAUGUAAACCGAAUGCGUCUUUUUAAAAUGGAGUUUGUUAAAGGCCGGAAGGUAUGAAAUAUUUUCCUAUUUGUUGAUUUUCUAUGUAGUUCAUCAUCAUGACGUGCGUGCACUAGCUACACGAGCUAUCUAGAAAUCCCAUAUGAUCUGACACAGAAGAGCUGCUGAAAGCUGUCGACAGCUAAACAUGCGACACACUGGCCCUCUAUCAUCUUAUCUCACAUAUAAUGAAGGCUGGAGUUUUGGAUCCUCUGAAUUUGUUUGAUUCAUAGCCUUCCACAGCAAGAGAAAAUGGAGGACCAUUUAAAAAGAGCUCCAUAUAAAAACAAGACAUGCCAGUCAUCACCCGAGGACUGGUUCAAGAGGAGGCAGAGAUCCGAAGACAGUCAGUAUGCCGUGGCACCAAGGACAAACAUCUCCAACAGCGGCUCUCACACCAACAAGUGCGCUGAUCUCAAAACCCGCAGUGGUCUAAAUGAUGAUUCAAACAAGCAAACUGGAAAGUUAUUGAAAGACAACAGAGCUGAGCCUUCCUCUCAGGACAAAAGGAUCAGCAGGAGAUCAAAAGACAGAGGUGAGAGAGGGACCAAACCUUCUUCAUACCCCACAGAGAGAGCCAAAUCAGCCAUUACAUGUAUUAGCACAUUUGAAAUGAAACUUGCCGAUUUCCCUGAAUUGGGUGAUCUCACACCCAGCGACCCGACAGCAGCUUCCCUGCACCAGGAACCGUCGGUAUGUGCUGCUGCAGUCAUGCCAGCAGAGUGUCUCAGUUCACCAGCACCCAUUUGUAAGAAUGUACCAAAACGAAGAACCAAGUCGGCACAGCAAGUCCCGUCCAGUGGAAAGUGUGACAUGCCGUCAGCUAUCACAGCAGAUCGGGAAAGUGCAGUAUCCAAUCCCACCGGAUCUUCUGCUCAGUCCUGGGCAAACAUUGCUUCUCAGCCUCCCAGAGUCAUCCAGAAAAGCCCCAAAGCCAACAGAUUGUCUGAGGAGGAUUUAACUACACAGCCAGUUGAGCAGACAGAGAAGAAGAAGAGGAAGAAAAAGAAGAAAUCCAAAACCGCAUCUGAGAACGCAGAGGAGACACUAGAGGAGCAUCUGAUACAGCAGGAGCCUCCAAAGUUUGAGGAUGAAGAGGAGUUUCCAGACCUGUCUCAUGCAUCUGAACUCAAAGGACAUUCAGUAGCACAAAAAGAGGGAUUGUCCCUACGUAAAUCCACUACACACGCUUCUGCCUCCAGUGACACUAAGAAAACACAGCAGACUAGUCAGAAGAAGUCAAAAGUUCCUGUACAGCUUGACCUUGGAAACAUGCUGACCGUUCUUGAGCAGAAACAACAGUCACAAAAGUCCAAACAAGACCAGCGACCACUGACACUUUCAGUUGGAGGAGCUCUGCCUGCAGUCCACAAAGAACCUUCAGUUCAGAAAAAGCCAUGGCAGCAAGAGAAGACACCGCACAACCCGCUGGACUCCACCUGUCCAUUAGUGAAGAAGGGAAAGCAGCGAGAAGUUCCCAAGGCGAAAAAACCAACACCACUCAAAAGAGUCAUUCUUCGGGAGAGAGAGGAAAGGAAGCAGAACCGCCUGCUGGAGGAGAGAGACCCGGCCCGAGUGGCCACUGAGGCUGGUGAAAACGAAACUAGUACUAGUGAGAAUCCUUCUGAAACAAGCCUCGCUGACCAUGACCAACAUCUUCACACAAUGAAGCUGUUAUCAGACAUAGAUGAGAAGCCCGGACUCGUUGGGACUGAGGAGUCAGAGAGUGGCCGGCCGGGUUCGCCAUCUCAUCAAGAGUUGGAUGACAGCGUGUCAGAAAAUGCAACACUAAAAUCCUGGAAUCCCAAUUCCAAUCCCAAUCUUCCCAAAAUCCACAGCAGGAAGUUCAGAGACUACUGCAACCAGGUGCUUAGAAAAGAUGUAGAUGAAUGUGUGAGCAGCUUACUGAAGGAGCUGGUGAGGUUUCAGGAUCGUCUUUUUCAGAAAGACCCCAUGAAGGCCAGGAUGAAGCGCAGGCUGGUCAUGGGCCUACGAGAGGUGCUGAAACACCUCAAACUCAGGAAGGUCAAGUGUGUUAUCAUCUCGCCCAACUGUGAACGUAUUCAGUCCAAAGGCGGUCUAGAUGAGGCUCUACACACGAUCAUCGACACAUGCCGGGAUCAAGGCAUCCCAUUUGUGUUUGCCUUGUCACGGAAGGCGCUGGGCCGCUGUGUUAAUAAAGCUGUCCCUGUCAGCUUGGUGGGAAUCUUUAACUAUGAUGGCGCACAGGAUCACUAUCACAAAAUGAUUGAGUUAUCGGCUGAUGCCAGGAAGGCCUAUGAGGUGAUGAUUGCAAAUCUGGAGGCUGCAUCACCGGAAGAGGAGGAGGAGCAACAGGAGGUGGAGCCAUCAAGAGAACCUUCUGGAACUGAAGAGCCAGAGUACAUUAAAAUCUGGAAGAAAAUGCUGGAAAAAGAUUACAACCACCCUUUCCUGAAUUUCGAGGACCAGUUCUCAUCCAUUUCUAUUGGUUCAGAGCAGCUGCUGGAUGACCAUGAAGGAAGUUGAUGGAAGUACACCGACGAAUGAGACAAAAUGUCUGUUUUUGUUUGUUUGCAGCGCUUAGGUCACGCUUCUGUGACACGGAAACCAAUUACUAGUGUUUCCAACCCCGCGUGAGCCCUGUGAAAUAAGUUAGGAAUAGCUUGAAGUACCAAAUGUGCCUGUCUAGAGGAUUUUAUUAAAAAAUGUAAACCGUAAAAUGUUCCUGUAACCUGGAAUGGUGUAUUAAAUCAAGAGGCUUAAAAUAGAGAACAGCUCUUGACUAAAAAUAUUUUCGUAACGAUAUCACGUACUUAGUUUGACAUUUCCACAGUCUGAAUGGUGAAUAUUUUUGCAAAUAACUAAUAUCCCUCUAUUUCUAUUAAAAUAAGUGUAGUAGUUUGAUAAAAUGAUAGAAGCAAUCUGAACGACUUAAUUUAUGUACAUGAUUACACUUGUAAAUAAUAUAUAAAUCAAAUCAUUUUCCUUCUCUAGUUGAAUGCAGUUUAACUGAUCAUGACCACUGUGUUUGCAGCCCACGUGUUGUCAUUAUUGGCAGGGUGCCAUUAAUUCUGAAGGCUCAUAAAGCAAAUGAUUGUUACGACCGUGAACUGUUUGUGGGAAUACCUCUCCUUUCUAGAACUUAUUAAACAUCACUUACCUAAAUCAUAGUCCUCACUUUUAAUUUAUAACUUCCCUCUGGCUGUUCCUCAACACUAGCUGAACCAUUAAUACGGAGUGCUCAAGGUGGUUCUCCUUCAAAUUCUCAGUGUUCAUUUAGCUCUAUGCCGUUAUGCUGUAACUGCUGUUAAUAGGGAAUGUGUGUGUGUUAUGCAGUUGUGUAGUACUCAGUGGUUUAUGGCAUAUAUGUGAAGCAUAGAGCUAAUAAUUCAAAACUUCACUAAGCAGCAACAAAUCAUUUUCACAAAUAAACCUUUUCCCCUGCUUAUGUGUGUUUUCAGAAUGUUGACUAUGGGACCAAAAAACAACUUUGUGAUUGUGAAGGUUUUCUCUAGUAUUUGCAAUAAAUUCAUUGCAAUAAAUGAUGA